UCACAGCUCUAAGCCACGCCUCAUUACCAUUUUUUUUUUCUCUCUUAUAGGGUACACUGUACCUUACUUUGUAAUCAAAUUCCCUUAAACCUAGCUACUUAAACAUGCCACAGGAACCUCUGACCUCUCACUAUCUUCUUUGUGGUCCAUCCCAUUGCCAAAAACACAGACAAGUUUUACUUAUAGGCCAGACUGUGUGAAAGAAACAGAUACAUCAAUAUUAUGGAUUGGAAUGGAAACACAAGAAGCUUUGUUCCUCAACAUGCAGAUUCUUCCUUGAGCUUUCUCUACAACUACAACUACAGCCAAACCUCAUAUCAAGGAAUGGAAGUGAAACAGCGAGAGUGGACAGAAACAUUUCCAGAAAUGGACAGAAUGAUGAUGAAAUAUGGGAACCAGGAAAAGAAAAAGAGAUUAACUAGUGAACAGAUGGAAAUGCUUGAGAGUAGUUUUCAGAUGGAGAUAAAACUAGACCCUCACAGGAAGAUGAAGCUUUCCAAAGAAUUAGGGCUUCAGCCUCGGCAAAUUGCUAUAUGGUUUCAAAAUAGGCGCGCGAGGUGGAAGACAAAGCAACUUGAACACUUGUAUGAUUCACUUAAACACCAGUUUGAAGUUGUUUCCAAGGAAAAACAGCAGCUUCAGGAUGAGGUUAUGAAGUUGAAGGGGAUGUUGAAAGAGCAAGGAUGUUGUACUGGUAGAGUGCAAGGCUAUUAUACAGAAGUGUCAGUGGAAGAAACAGAAACAGUGGAAAGCACAUCAGAGGGGAAGGGAAAGAUUCAUCAUGAGUUCAACAUUGGAGAGGGAAACUGUUGUUACAAUUUAGAGGAUUAUAACAUUCAUAACAGUACUGUUGUGCCACUAUUGCCUUACUGGCCUUCUGUUCCUUAUAACUAUCAUUCCUGAUUAUGUUACUAAUUAUGCUGUUUGAAUAAAUGAUGUGUGUGAGUUUCUGAGCUUUAACUAUUUGAUUUGUUU